AUGCUGUACGGACGUCAUUUCACUCUCCAAACCGAUCAUCAACCGUUGCUCAAAGUUUUCGGCUCGAAAAAAGGAAUACCAGUUUACACAGCCAAUCGUCUGCAACGAUAUGCUUUGACACUUCUCCUGUAUGACUUCGAGAUCAAGCACAUCUCGACGAUGAAUUUCGGCUACGCAGACUUCCUGUCCCGGCUGAUGUCAUCACAGCGCAGACCAGAUAAGGAUUACGUCAUAGCUGCCGUCUAUGUCGAAUCCGAAGUAAAGGCGAUUCUCGAAGACUCCAUCAACAAUCUGCCAGUCACACAUCAGAUGAUUGUGGCUGAGACACGUAAGGAUGCUGUUCUGCAGCAAGUGAUUAGUUACAUCAAUGAAGGAUGGCCAGCAAGCGUGAAGCUAAUCACCGAUCCUGAUGUGAAGAAGUUCUUCGUCAGACGUGAGGGACUUCAAGUCGUCGAUAACUGCGUCAUGUUCGGCGAUCGAAUCGUCGUUCCAUCAAAAUUCCGGAAGCGAAUUGUCCGCCAGCUACAUCGUGGGCACCCAGGAAUGGAGCGGAUGAAGUCUCUGGCUCGCAGCUACAUUUACUGGCCGAAUGUUGACGACGAUGUGGCGCAAUUCGUUCGUCAGUGCGAUGCAUGUGCUGAAGCAGCGAAGGCUCCGACGAAAGCAACCCUGGAAUCAUGGCCUCUUCCGGACCGGCCGUGGCAACGAGUACACGUCGAUUUCGCUGGCCCAAUCGACGGACAUCACUAUUUCAUCCAUCACCACGACAACAACAUUGGACCUGCUUCGUGA